AUGCCGAGAGCGGCCGACCAUCCGGUCAAUGGUCAUUGGCUGGAGUACACCGGUCAUUGGCUGGAGCUCAGCAGUCAUCGGCUGGAGUACACCAGUCAUUGGCUGGAGUACACCGGUCAUCGCGCGGAGUACACACUCCAAUCGAUGGCUGGUAAAAGACUGGUCAACGGGGUGUCCUCCGUCCGACAAUCGUCAAGACCAGUCAUCUGGUGGAGUCUAUACUCCAACCGAUGA